AUGGUCGCGGCUGCCCUCCCCGUCAGCCGCCCUCGCCGCCGCGGUGCGCUGGCUGCAGGAAGCCUCGGCGCCGCGCUUUUGUUGUCAGGGGCCCCGCGAGGAGCGCCGCUCCCGGCCGCCGCCGCCGCCUCUCUCUCUGCAGCCCGCUCUCCAGCCGCCCGGCCCGGCGCCCCGCCCAUGAGGGGGCCCCGCGACCACCGCCGCCUCCAGCCCGGGGCGGCGCGGCGCUGAGCAGGAGGCGGAGCUGCCCCCUCCGCGGGAAGCGGGCGGCCUCGGCCCCCUCCCCGAGGGCACCAUGGAGGUGAAUGCGGGAGGUGUGAUUGCCUACAUCAGUUCUUCCAGCUCAGCCUCUAGCCCUGCCUCUUGUCACAGUGAGGGAUCUGAUAAUAGUUUCCAGUCCUCCUUCUCUUCUGUUCCAUCUUCUCCAAAUAGCUCUAAUUCUGAUAACAAUGGUAAUCCCAGAAGUGGUGAUCUCUCCAGUAUUGAAGGCAUUCUGAAAAAUGAUCGAAUAGAUUGUUCUAUGAAAACAAGCAAGUCAAGUGCACCUGGCAUGACAAAGAGUCAUAGUGGAGUGACAAAAUUUAGUGGCAUGGUUCUUCUGUGUAAAGUCUGUGGGGACGUGGCAUCAGGAUUCCACUAUGGAGUUCAUGCUUGUGAAGGCUGCAAGGGUUUCUUUCGGAGAAGCAUUCAGCAAAACAUCCAGUACAAGAAGUGCCUGAAGAAUGAAAACUGUUCUAUAAUGAGAAUGAAUAGGAACAGAUGUCAGCAGUGUCGCUUUAAAAAGUGUCUGUCUGUUGGAAUGUCGAGAGAUGCUGUUCGGUUUGGUCGUAUUCCUAAGCGUGAAAAACAGAGGAUGCUAAUUGAAAUGCAGAGUGCGAUGAAGAGCAUGAUGAACAGCCAGUUCAGUGGUCAUUUGCAAAAUGACACAUUAGUAGACCAUGAACAGACAGCCUUACCCGCCCAGGAACAGCUGCGACCCAAGCCCCAGCUGGAGCAAGAAAGCAUCAAAAGCUCUUCUCCUCCCUCUUCUGAUUUUGCAAAGGAGGAAGUGAUUGGCAUGGUGACCAGAGCCCACAAGGAUACCUUUUUGUAUAAUCAAGAGCAGCGAGAAAACUCAGCAGAGACCAUGCAGCCCCAGAGAGAACGGAUUCCCAAGAACUUGGAGCAGUAUAAUUUAAAUCAUGACCAUUGUGGCAAUGGGCUUAGCAGCCAUUUUCCUUGUAGUGAGAGCCAGCAGAAUCUCAAUGGACAGUAUAAGGGGAGGAACAUAAUGCACUACCCAAAUGGGCAUGCCAUUUGUAUUGCAAAUGGACAUUGUAUGAACUUCUCCAAUGCUUAUACUCAAAGAGUAUGUGAUAGAGUUUCCAUAGAUGGAUUUUCUCAGAAUGAGAACAAGAAUAGUUACCUGUGCAACAAUGGAGGGAGAAUGCAUCUGGUUUGUCCAAUGAGUAAGUCUCCAUAUGUGGAUCCUCAUAAAUCAGGGCAUGAAAUCUGGGAAGAAUUUUCAAUGAGCUUCACCCCGGCAGUGAAAGAAGUGGUGGAAUUUGCAAAGCGUAUUCCUGGAUUCAGAGACCUCUCUCAGCAUGACCAAGUCAACCUUUUAAAGGCUGGGACUUUUGAGGUUUUAAUGGUACGGUUUGCUUCAUUAUUUGAUGCAAAGGAGCGUACUGUCACCUUUUUAAGUGGAAAGAAGUAUAGCGUGGAUGACUUGCACUCAAUGGGAGCCGGGGAUCUGCUGAAUUCUAUGUUUGAGUUUAGUGAGAAGCUGAACGCUCUCCAGCUUAGCGAUGAAGAGAUGAGUUUGUUUACAGCAGUUGUCCUGGUAUCUGCAGAUCGAUCUGGAAUAGAAAACGUCAACUCUGUGGAGGCUUUGCAGGAAACUCUCAUCCGUGCACUAAGGACCUUAAUAACAAAAAACCACCCAAAUGAGGCCUCUAUUUUUACAAAACUUCUUCUAAAGUUGCCAGAUCUUCGAUCUUUAAACAACAUGCACUCUGAGGAACUCUUGGCCUUUAAAGUUCACCCCUAAAGGCCUUCAUUUAUUUAACAUGAACUGAGUCAUAUUAACUGUACAUUUGUGCUAAAAUGCUUAUUUAUAUGUGUAUACUGUACCAUAUGUGGAGAUAGGAAGGCCUUUAAGAAACACAAGAUUGUAGGCCAUCUCUUUGUCAUGCAGUAGCUGUUUGGAUUGAGAUUUUUUUCAGCUAUGAUUAGACGUUGACCGCAUUUCCCUGGUAGACCAAUCAGCUGUGUCGCACUUAACUGGAGAAGUUACACUGAAUUAUAGUUACACUGAAUGUUAGACUUUUUCAUCUGCCAAAACCAAAAACCAUUUUGAUCUCCCUGUGGUAUAAAUGUAACGCACAGUCCCAAGUAUAUGAGGACUUAAAAGUUAAUCCUUGUGGUGGAAGUCCUAUUGUAGGAUGGAAACUUGAUUUUACCACAAGACUAUUGGAUCUGGUGAUUGGAGACUUUGUAGGUGAGGAGAUUUCCCUGUCUAUUUUACUCUGCCACUGUUCAAGUGUAUGAUCCUGGGCAGGUUGGUUGGUUAUGGGAAAUGAGAAUUGACAAUGUUUCCAAUGCCUCACAUCACAGAUUCUAAAAAAAUUUCUAUAAAUCAUAUUUACCUCCUGGGAGAUAGGCACUAUGUAAAUAAGGUAAAAUUUUUGUUAGUAUAAUUAUUCAUUAUAAUAUUCUUUUCUGAUUUGUAAGCAUUUCUUAGAAAUGAUUUCAUAGUCCACACCAAUCUAUUCAGGGUUCCUGCAUAUGUGUGGGGUAUCAUCCUGGCACACACACACACACACACACACACACACAGUUUAUGGGUACAUCAGAUACAUAGUAUGUGUACAUAAGAUGUAUGUGAAUGUGGUUAUACCUAUAUUUCUUCACAAUAUUUUAAACUGUGAAGAACUUUAUCAUACAAUAAACUUAAAAGAAGAGGUGUCAAAAGACCCGAAUUAGGUGCAUUUUACUUAUUGAUGACAUAACCAUUGCUUUAAAUGUUUAGACAGUAGAAUAUUGAAAUUAUGCUCUUUUUGUUUAAGCAGCACUUAAUGUAAAAAUGCAACAGGCAGUUGAGUCCAAAUUUCAGAAAAUACGUACUUUAGAGUUCACCUUUGGUAAGUUUUGGUUCAAGGGAAUAGUUGUUUAAAAGUUUAUUCAGAUUCUUACCUUGAGCUAAAAAAGGUAACAUUGCUGCCCUUUAUGCACAUGCUGCAGCUUGAUGAUGAAUAAUAUUUUGAUUCAUUCUGAAGAACCAGUCAGUGUUUAAGAAAGUUGUUUAAUAUGUUGGUGUGUGUGUGUGCGCGCGCGCGCACAAGUGUGUUCUGAGUCUACUCUUCCCCCCCUAAAUAACACUACAGGGAUUUUAUCAAAUUAGAUUUAAUCUAUAAUUAGGAAAAUCAUUUAGUAUGUGACUUACAGGUUUAGAAGUGGUAUAGUCAAAAACAUUUCAUUCACCUUUUUUGGGCUUUAUUAAAUAGGUAAGAUCAACCUUUUUAUAGAAGUAGGAGAAAUAGCCAAAGUUGAGGAUUUUAUGUGUUUUUCUGUUCCCCUAGAAAAUAGCAACUAGUUGUUUUUUUUUUUUUUGGGGGGGG